CACUUCCCUGCUUGGGGGCGCGCACACGUCACGUCACAACAGUCACUGUCUCCGUGAGAUGUAGGAGACCAGGACAACAGCAUAAUAUUGACCACCAGGGAUGAGAUGAAUUGACUUGCUCCAGUGUGCCACCCAGCAAGGAGGGUUGAGUACGAUGAGUGGGAAGAGCCUGCUGCUGAAGGUGAUCCUGCUCGGGGACGGAGGAGUAGGCAAGUCCUCGCUGAUGAACCGCUAUGUCACCGACCGCUUCGACUCCCAGUCAUUUCACACCAUAGGUGUCGAGUUCCUCAACAGGGACCUGGAAGUGGAUGGACGCUUUGUUACCCUGCAGAUCUGGGACACCGCCGGCCAGGAACGUUUCAAGUCCCUGCGCACGCCUUUCUACCGAGGGGCCGACUGCUGCCUGCUCACGUUCGCCGUGAACGACCUGCAGAGCUUUCAGAACCUCGGCGGCUGGAAGAAGGAGUUCAUGUAUUACUCUGACGUCAAAGAUCCCGAGCGGUUCCCUUUCGUGGUACUCGGCAACAAGGUGGACAUGGAGCAGAGGGAAGUGGGCGAGGACGAAGCGCGGGCCUGGUGCGAGGAGAGCGGCUGCUGUCCUUACUAUGAGACCAGCGCUAAGGACGACACGAACGUCACGGCUGCGUUUGAGGCAGCUGUCAGGGAGGUACUGGCUGCAGAGGAUCACAUCGACCACUCGGUGCUGAGUGGAACUAUUGAUCUCCAUGGAAACCGCAAAAUAUCCCGAGGGUCCUGCUGCUGACAAGUCCGGUGCGGAACCUCGCUUUUCGAAUCUGGAUGGCAGAAAUCUGAUGGCUAAUAAGGGAUUGUUUAUGGUACACGAAGGGCAGAUACCGAUUGCUCAAGCAUUCUGUGGAUAAGCCGUAUCGAUGCUGCUGAUAAGAUGCAAUUUGAGGAGAGCAGUUGGAAGGGUGCAGUCUGUCAAAGGGCUGACUUAUUGGCACUCUGAAGCACUAUUCCUAUACUCUGAUAGUAUUAUUGCACAAUUCACCUUUUUCUGCACAUGUUAAUUUGCGCUCAUUAGGAGCAUUCAGAAUAAUAUAAAUUCAACUGAACAAAUGGCACACUCAUGUAGUUGUUAACCAGCCAGUAUGCUGAUUUUUUUUUUUUUUUAGCUUCUCUAUUAGCAGACAAAUGCUAUCAAGAGACCUGUUUGCGAGCUGACUACGUUUGUUUUCCAACCAGGUACGGACAGAUAGGUACGUAACGAUACAAAAAGAUCGUUGAUCAGAUUAUUUUUAUUGCACUCAAUAUAAAGGGAAUUGUGAGCAUUGUUUUAUAACUCCAUUCGACUGAAGGUGUUGUUAACACAAUUGAUUUAAUUUCCGGUAAUUCAAGUACUGUAUUUGGGCCAGUUUUUUUGUUCGUUUUGUUUUUAUUUUAUUUACCUUACUGUUUAUAAACUGCUGUUUGUUUUCUCUGUGAUACACCCCCUUAUUCCAUUGUGUGGUGUUAUUUUAAAGAUCAGGAAAUGAUAAGCGUGCUUCCCUGGUGUGAAGAGGAGCUAAUUUUUUAUUGCACUGAACAACAAUCAGGGCAUGUUUUGAUGCUGUCUUUUUGGAUCGUGGGGGAAGCUUUAAUAAUCCAUCCAGUCCUGUUAUUAGCGUCUCAUUUUUAGUGUCUCCUUAGCUUCGCUGGGACUUUUUUUUUUUUUUUUUUACGCGUCUCAGCUGAAUGUGGUCACAAAGUUAAACACCUUAACUUCGUUUAUUCUGUAUGCAGUGAAUAACACAUUCGAUAGGAGAACUGUAUGAUAAUUGCAGCUAAAUGGUACUUACAGUUUCAUUACAGUGUGCUCGCGGUACACGUUUACACACAUUUAUGGAGGCUCUCAGUGACUGUGACUCUCAAAAUGAGUUUUUAAUGAAUUCUCAUGUGGUACAUUGAUUACUGCUUAAAUUACUGUAUUGCAUUUUAAGAAUACAUCGUUUUUUUUUAAAUAGAUAAUCAAUUUUGUCGCUAUGUUGCACCAUAUUUUUCACACUAUGUUCUCUAAUGAUGCCAAUCUUGGUGUCAUAAAGCAAUUUUGUGUGUGUGUGUGUCUGUGUUUGCAUUAGAGAAGGAGUUAUGCAUACAGUUAGAUCAUAAAGUAAACUGCUUGUUUUGGUUUUUGCCUUUAUAGAUCACCGCAGUGUGAUAUGACAUGAACUAUUUAUUUUUUUCUUCCGAAAGUGAAAAGUGUGCCCUAUUGCAGGGGUAAUGACAUCAUUCUGGCCCCCGAGUUCAGUUCCAAAUUUGGGAGACAAACAUUUUUAAAGAAAAUUCUCUUAAAAAAACGAGAGCGCUCAACCUUUUUUCAGUGAUGUAACCCCUGUGAAAUUAUUUUUAAUUCAAGUAACCCCUAAUCAGAGAAAACCAUUUUUGGGUGAAAAAAAGAGAUAAAGAAGUAAAAUACAGCACUAUGUCAUUAGUUUCUGAUUUAUUAAAUUGUAAAACAGUGCAAAAUAUUGCUCAUUUGUAGUGGUCUUUCUUGAACUAUUUGGAAAAAAGAUAUACAAAUAACUAAAAACUUGUUGAAAAAUAAACAAGUGAUUCAAUUAUAAAUACACAUUUCUACACAUAGAAGUAAUCAUCAACUUAAAGUGCCCUCUUUGGGGAUUGUAAUAGAGAUUCAUGAACUUAAUUAUAAACAUUUCUUCACAAAAAAUAAAUAUUUAACAUCAAUAUUUAUGGAACAUGUCCUCAAAAAAUAGCUGUCAACACUGAAUAUUGCAUUGUUGCAUUUCUUUUCACAGUUUAUAAACUUACAUUCAUUUUUUGUUGAAGUAUUAUUCAAUAAAUAUAUUUAUAAAAUAUUUCUGAAUUGUCGCUAUUUUUAGAAUAUUUUAAAAAAUCUCACGUACCGCUUGGCAUACCUUCAAAUACCCCCAGGGGUACGCGUACCCCCAUUUGAGAACCACUGGUAUGGAGGAACAUGGACCACUGUAAACACAUGAGCAGAUCCUUACAUAGACAUGUUUACCUUGCAAGAAAACCCAGAAAACUGGGGUCCAAACUUGUGAUUUAUAUAAAAUAGGCGUUCCCCAAGGCACGCUUUAAGUCCUUUCCUUCUUGACAGCUACACAUUUAUUUCAAAAUGUGAUACAUUUUCAAGGUAUUACUUCAGAUGGACUCAGUAUUGUUCAACUUCUUUACUUAUACUUAUGGUGUUCCUCAAGGUUCCAUUUUAGGUCCUCUAAUUUUCAGCAUUCAGGCUGUUCAUCUGGUGGCCUGCAAAUUCAGUUAAAAACAACAACUUGUGAGAGACUAACAUAUUUGCAGAAGAUUCCUAAAAAGUGCUGUCAUAAAGAUGAUCUUUGACUAGCUUUUUUGCUCCUGUAACUCUGCAAAAUAAAUGAAGUAAAACCCUAUAUAUUUACAUUUAUGAGGAGGCAGAAUCUCAACGUGUACUAUUUUUGUUUUAUUUAUUAAAAAAACAUUAAAAAUUGAAAUCCAUAGUGAUGGUGUGUAAAGGCAAAGUCAGUCAUUGUCCAAGUACUUCUGGUCUUGUUUGUACAAAACUGCAUGUGCAGACUCGCUUCACUGUGAAACGAACGCAAACUCAAGUCAGGUACUGCCUGUAUACUUUUGUUCUAUGCAGGCCUUUAAUAAGUGGCUUGUUCACAUGAUUGACAUUAACUGCUAGUAUUGUCCUGUCUUAUUGGAACACAACCCCCAACUGUAUUUCAGUUUCCCUGUCUUCUGUUCAAACGGUGUAGCUUAUAUCACAGCUUCUAUUUGACAUAUAAUGCCAUGUGUGUGUGUAUAUAU